UACUAUGAAGUUGGAUAAAACAUGGAACUUUGCGGGGUUAUUGAGCCUAAUCAUAAUGAAAGCGACUGUGGGAUCUGUUCAUAUAAACGUGGAUCUCUCACGCCCUAUAGGCGAGUUGAGGCAUUUUUGGAAAAGCACGGGAUAUUGUCCUCCUCUACCACACAGACAAGCAGAUUUGUUUAAUCUAAGUAAAGACCAAAUAAUUAAUUUGGCUUAUAUUUCAUCUGUGCCGCAAAAUGGUAUUGAACAAAUUCGAAUCCAUUGGCUGCUGGAACUGAUUCAAGCUGCGGUGAUAAAUGGGACACUUCACUACGAUUUCACAAACCUGGAUAACUUCAUGCAUCUUCUUUGGGAGAAUAAGCUACGUCCUGGUUUUGAAUUGAUGGGAAGUCCUUCAGGAUACUUCACUGACUUUGAUGAUAAAAAGCAAGUGGUAGAGUGGAAGAGCCUGAUUGUACAGUUGGCCCAAAGAUAUAUAGAGAGAUAUGGAUUGAAACAUGUUUCAAAGUGGAAUUUUGAGACCUGGAAUGAACCAGAUCACCAUGACUUUGACAAUGUAUCAAUGACUGUAGAUGGAUUUCUCAACUACUACGACGCUUGUUCUGAAGGAUUAAGGGAAGCCAGUGGUCAGCUAAAAUUGGGAGGCCCCGGAGAUUCCUUUCAUCCAUUUCCCAAGUCUCCAAUUUGCUGGAAUCUCCUCAGCCAUUGCUACAACGGCACAAAUUUUUUCACUGGAGAGACAGGAGUCCGGCUAGAUUACAUCGCCAUGCAUAAAAAGGGAGCUGGGAGUGCUCUUCAUAUCUUGGAACAGGAAACUGAGGCCAUGGGACAGAUCCAGAAGAUGUUCCCCAAUUUUACCUCGGUCCCCAUAUACAAUGAUGAGGCUGAUCCUCUAGUAGGAUGGUCGAUCCCACAGCAGUGGAGAGCUGAUGUGACCUAUGCAGCUAUGGUGGUAAAGGUAAUUGCUCAGCAUCAAAAUCUUCUCAUCGCUAAAGCCAACAAUACCAUCAACUACACUUUGUUAAGCAAUGACAAUGCAUUUCUGAGUUACCAUCCUUAUUACUUCACCCAGAGGACACUUACGGCACGCUUUCAGAUGAAUAACACAAAGCCCCCCCACAUCCAGAUGGUGAGGAAGCCGGUGCUGACAGUAAUGGGCUUGCUGGCUUUGCUAGGAGAAGAGCAAGUUUCUGCCAACAUUUCUAGUCACAAAUCAGAAGACUGUAAUGCCUUGGGAAUAUUAGCCAGCUUGCACAAACCUUCAGGACUACAAUUGUCGGACAGCUGGCAAGCAUCAAUACUGAUCUAUUCAAGCAAUGAUAACAAGACAUCCUCAAACAUCAGUACUGUGAUUCUAAACAUAGCCAACUAUCCUAAAGACAGAGAACUGGUAUACGUAACAUACUACAUGGAUAACAACCUAACCAAUCCAUAUUUGCAAUGGAAGAAAAUGAGAAUGCCAGACUUUCCUUCUCGGAAGCAACUGGAGCAAAUAAGAGAUGCUCAGGACCCUGUGGUGAAAGGACCAUUUCCAUUACCUGCAAAAGACCAUUUAAGGCUGAAGCAAGAACUUCCAAUUCCAGCUGUUUUCCUCCUUCAUAUUUGUGCAAAGCCCCUCUCUGCUCCCAAUCAGGCGAACGGCGUCCGUUUCAUUGGUCUGAUGAAGGGACAAGUUCUGAUAACAUGGGAUGACAGCUGUGUGAAUUCAAAAUGUUUGAAAAAAUUUGAAGUGAUGUUUUCAGUGGAUGGGAAAGAGUAUCACCAAAUCAGUGUCAAGGACAAUAUAUUUACAAUGUUAAUCUACAGCCCAGGAACAACAGUCGUGGGUUAUUACAAAGUCCGUGCUGUGGAUUACUGGGACAGGCCAGGUCCGUUUUCUGUGCCUAUGUUUUACAGAGAACCAUCUUAAAAAGAAGAAG